UUUCCGCGGAAAGUGCGAAAUGUGAUUUUCAUGCGAAUGGAAAUAAAACAAACAAACUGAUUGUGUUGAGUUGUAUAUUUUUCGACAAAAUGUGAAGUAAUUACCAAAAUAUCAAUCGUAAAAUACCCCAGCAAGAUGUGCUCUACGUUUUUUAAAACUGUACUUUUUAUUAUUCUUAUUGAAGAAAAAUAUUUUACUGUAGAGUCUAGUGUAUCCUUUACAGGUUUUCAGCAAAAUAGAAGUUUUCACCAUGUACGUCGUUCGAGUGUUGACGAUGCCUUUUUCAAGAACCAGAAGUCUUCGUAUAGGUCUUUUCAGCCUGUUGCUGUGAAGUACCAUAAGACGACAUAUCCCCGAGCUGACGAUAAGCCCGACUAUGAUAUUACGUCGUACGACUCGGAGUAUGGUGGAGUGGUCUCCAAUUUUACGUCUUCCAUUUAUGAUGAUAAUCCGCCACUGUACCCAAACCCCGAAUUCGUUUCCCGGAGUAACCAAGUGAGCAAGACCGAAACUAAGCAAGCGGAGGCAGAAGUGGACUUGCCUGAUGACUCGCUGGCUGACGCGGACCUCAACGAGCAUAACAUCAUCGACAGCGUGACCUACCUGUACGGGUUCAAUAGUUGCCAUGGCGUUAGGAACGAAUGGAUGAUAUUGAUCUUCAUAACGAGCGGCAUCGCCAUCAUCCUGCUCAUCUCAGCAGUAAUGUGGCUGAUGUGGAGCGAGUACGCGGCGGAGUUCAGGCGCAGCAGCAAGCUUUACCCGAUUAACAUCAACCUGUGCUGCUGCCUGAUAGCUUGCACGCUGAUUUACAUACAGGCUGUGGUGGGCGUCUCAUCCCCAUCACAAUGCGAAAGGAUCGCUCUACUGCUUCACUACACGCACGUAUCGUGUGCGAUGUGGAUCGUCGCUUUAGCAGCAGCUGUAGCCGAGUACUGCACUUGUGACACUCUUCUGCCGCUGAAAUACAACUAUUUACUGGCCUAUGGAGUACCCGCAUUGGUUGUCAUGUUCAACUACGCCUUAUCAAUGGAGCAUUACGAAAUCAAGCACUACUGCUGGAUGUCCAUCGAAAAAGGAAUGGUGAUGGGUUUCAUGGUGCCAGCUAUGAUCCUAAUCCUGAUCAACACUGCGAUCAUCAUUCUAGGACUUCAGAGCGUGAAUAAGAAGCAAGCUGAGAUGUUGACGGCCAAAAUACAGGAGCUUGUUGACCACCACAUAGCUAAUUGGCCUAAAAAUGAGCCCAUGGAGACUGUUAUUGAUAAUAGAAAUGGAAGUGUUGAUACCCUGGAUAUUUACACUCCAGGCAGUAGCAGGAAGAACACAGAUAGCUCGGAUACGCUAGAUCGGGAAUACAAUUACGAAGAUGACCAAUACGGCAACAAUGGCCAUGAAAACGACGGGAACGGAGACGGCGUAAAUGAAUCCGCCCACGCCAAGGCUAUACAAGACAAGGGUCUCCUAAACAUGCUAUACAUGGACAAUCUUUCCUGGAAAUGGAGCUGGAACACCGAGGGCAACGAACUGAAGACUUACCUGAACCUCUGCUUAGUGCUGGAACCGUUCUUCGCUAUCAACUGGGUGAUGGGAGUGGUCGCCAUCGAGAACGCCACGCACUGGUCUACACCGACGAUUUAUUUGAUUCUCGUGGUUUCUAUGUACAUCUACCUGACGGCAACGAUCUGCACCACCCUGCCAAUAGUCCGCAACAAGAACGCGCCGGCUCCAUGCUGCGAGGAGGUCAUCACGGAACCCACGCUCACCAGGACCAGGACCACGGACAGCAUCCCCUUACUGGACCCCACGAUACAGCAACCGAACAUAACGCCCGCUCCUGCUGACACCAUAAGCACGAUUAGCAUCUAAGAUAAAGGACUUUGACUAUGGGGGAUUUACCCACCGAUUCGUAUUUAUAUCUUCGCGAUGAACAACGAAGAUAUUGGCGGAAAUUGCCUUUAUGUACCUAAGCUGAAGGAACUUAUGGCAUUCCAGUAUAUUAUACCUAUUUGAUAGUAUUUAACUGUGCGUUAUGGUAAAUAACCGUUAAAUAAAAGCUAUCUUCUUGUUCUAAAAUAUAAAAAUUGACGAUGUUCUUUAAGAGUGGUUUGACUGAUUGAGUUUGAAAAAAAUAUUAUGAGGACGAAAGCAAGCGAUAAAAAAAAUUCGAGUUUCUACUUUCAUGAUUAACUUUACCGUGUUUAUGUACUUAUACAUUAUUAGUACAUAAUAUUAAUAUUUUAUUGUUGGAAUUGAUCUUAAAAAUAUAUAGUUUAUUAAAUGUCGCUUAGCGAUAUUACUAGAAUAUUAAGAGAUGUGUAAUAAUAACUUUAUCUUGAAGAGUUUUCUGUAUUCUAUUUCAGAAUGAAAUUUAAUUAUGUACUAAUAAAUAAAUCGUAUGGUUAGGGACGGAUCCUUCUUUUUACGCUGACUGUAGAGUGUGACUUCUAUAAAAUGUAUUAUUAAAAAUUAACCAACAAUAAAAAAAAACAAUUUGGCACUCGAUGUUUAGAUUUUCUAUCAGAAACAAAAUAUUUACUGUAAUGAAAUUUAUGUUUAGAGGAAAAAUAUUUUGAUAAAGCAAAUGCACCGGUAUUUAUGCUUCUAUUAACUACCUUACAUAUCUACAACAAUAACUUCAGACUUAUUCUAGUGUAUUAAAUUGUGAUUUUACGCGUAAGAGAAAUUUUAAUGUAAAUAGUGAGUAGAAAAUUCAACAUUUUUAACUAUUUAUGUCACGUGAAAACAGUAGACGCCGUAGUUUUGAAAAAAAUAAUAAAAAGCUUCUGUAUCUCGUCAGAAACAAUAUUCAAAUGCACAAAUUUACUGUUAUAUUCAAGCAAGACCUUACUAAUAUCUAAUUAACCAACUUUUUAAUAAAUAAAAAAAAUAUUGGGACAAAAAAAUUAACUAUCGCAAAAAAUAUUUAUAUUAAAUAUUUUUAGCACGUUUGUAUGUUGUAACGUUAUGUUACUUUAUUAGUAUCAUGCAAAUACCUAAGUUUAUUAUUUAGUCACGCAAUAACGGAUGAAGAUUACGAUCGAAAUCAAGAUGUUGGACUUUUUGAAUAUUAAAAUAAGAAAAAAGGUUAGCGUUCUAUCAAAUGCUUUCCCAUUUGCCCCGAUUGGGAGGAGAAUGCCAAUAAGUCGGUAUCGUUGUUAGCGAUUUAAAGAGGUCUUCAACUUGAGGAUCUAAGCUACUCCUACCCAGGCUGGAAUAUUUUAAUCAACCAAACCAUCACAAAAGUAAAAUUAGAUUAGAUUUAUAGUAAUUCAAUGUAAAUAAAUAACAAUUUUAAAAGAAAUUAUUACCAAGGGAGAAAAGGGGCCUUGCAACUGCGAGUUAAAGCCGAUUGGUAUUAUUAACUAAUAUUGUGAAAAGCUAAUCAAAUGCCAUUUUAAAAUUUAUUUUCGGUCAUUUUUACGUUUGCUUAUUAAAAUUUAUUGAGCCUAAUUCUUUCAGUCUAACUGCUUCUACCUUAGCUGAAUUAAGAGGAAGGGGCUUUCUUCUCGCGUAGUUAAGACUUGUGAUUGAUAGUUUAAUAAUAACUCUAGUGUGAUAGUUAUUGUUAUAAGUUUUAAUAAAUGUUUUAAAAUUGGAACUA